AUGGCGGCGGCUGCUCUCCCCGCGCUCUGCACUGCUCCCAAACCCCUGGCCUUAUCGUUGCCUCGCUCCACACCGAUCAACCUCCGCUGCUCAAAGAUGGUAGGCAGCCCCGCCCGUUCCGUGAAGGCAGCGACCACCACGUCGACGCCAGUCGAGGAGGAAGCAGCUGCUGGGGUCGACGGCGGCGGCACAAAGCUGUCUGCUUGGACAAGCGUCCGGCAAGAGCGCUGGGAAGGCGAGUUGGCCGUCGAGGGAGAUCUCCCACUCUGGCUGAACGGCACGUACCUGAGGAACGGCCCAGGGGUGUGGGACGCCGGCGACGUCGCGUUCCACCACCUGUUCGACGGCUACGCGACACUCGUCCGCGUCUCCUUCUCGCAUGGCCAUGCCACCGGCGCGCACCGGCAGAUAGAGUCGGACGCGUACAUGGCCGCCAAGAAGCAUGGCCGGCCAGUGCUGCGUGAGUUUUCCCAGUGCCCCGAGCCCGGGACCCUGCUCGACCGCGUGCGCGACGCCGUGGGGCUCCUCAGCGGCGCGGCCCUCACCGACAACCCCAACAGCGCCGUGCUGCCGCUCGGCGACGGCCGGGUCAUGUGCCUCACCGAGACCACCAAGAGCUCCGUCCUGAUAGACCCGCACACGCUCGACACGGUCGGCAAGUUCAAGUUCACGGGAAAAGUCGGCGCCAAUGCGAUGAUACAGUCGGCGCACCCGAUUGUGACCGAGUCCGAGUUCUUGACGCUGCUCCCUGACCUUGUCCGGCCAGGCCACCUUUUGGUGAGGAUGGAGGCUGGGAGCAACGAGAGGAAGGUCGUAGGGAGGGUGGACUGCCGGAGUGGGCCGACGCCGGGAUGGAUGCACUCCUUUGCCGUGACGGAGAAGUAUGUCGUGGUGCCCGAGAUGCAGCUCCGGUACUCGUCGACCAGCCCGCUCAAGUCCGAACUCGCCCGGUUCUACGCCUUCGACUGGCUUCCUGCGUCCGGGAGCUACAUGCACGUCAUGUGCAGGUCCACCGGCAAGACUGUGGCGAGCGUUGAGGUGCCACCUUUCAUGGCAAUCCACUUCAUCAAUGCGUACGAGGAGGUAGGCGAGGAAGGCCAGGCUGCUCAGGUCAUCGUCGAUUGCUGCGAGCACUACGGUGACCCUGCAAUCAUCGAGACGCUUGUCCUCCAGGGACUGAGGUCGUUCAGGGGCACGGACACGCUGCCUGACGCCAGAGUCGGCCGGUUCAGGAUACCACUGGACGGCAGCCCGUCCGGCGAGCUCCAGACGGCGCUGGACCCUGAGGAGCAUGGCCGAGGGAUGGACAUGUGCAACAUCAACAGGGCGCGCCUCGGGAAGAAGUACCGAUAUGCUUACGCCUGCGGCGCACGCCGGCCUUGCAACUUCCCCAACACGCUCACCAAGAUCGACCUGGUGCUGCGGAAGGCCAUGAGCUGGCACGAGGAGGGCGCCGUGCCAUCAGAGCCCUUCUUCGUGGCAAGGCCCGGGGCAACCGACGAAGACGACGGAGUGGUCAUGUCUAUCGUCAGCGCCGAGGAUGGUGGAGGUUUCAUGGUGGUGCUCCACGCGGCCACGUUCAAAGAGAUUGCGCGCGUCAGGUUCCCAUAUGGGCUACCCUACGGUUUCCACGGAUGCUGGAUUCCAGCCAAGAACUGA